UUACACAAUUUAUGUGGCUCUUCUGCGUGAACCGUGACACAUUAGAAUAAUAUUGACUGAAAGACCUAAGUAGUAAGGCCAUUCUUGUCUGUUUGCCCAUAACUCAUUAAACAUUUCCUGAAGGACAUAGAUAGAGCAAAAGCAUGAGGCACAGUAUAAACACGGGAAGCAAAGGAAGAUCAUAUGGAUUUCUGCUGUUGCUCGCGUUUAGUGCUGCCGUUUUUGGAGUUAUGACUCUCCACAAGCUCAGGGACAGGCGCAUCUGCAGCCUCUUUGUCAAGGAGAAAGAUCGCGAGCUCAACGCUCUUCAACUCCUCUUGCAGAAAGAAAUUGAACAGGCAAAAGAAGCCAGAAGGCAAAUAGAGGACAUGAAAUCCAACAUACACUUGCUUCGUACGCAGAAAAUGGAUCUCGACAGUAGGAUCUUGGAGAUGAAGUCGACAAUCUCUUUCCUUAAAGAAGAACAAAGAACAAUAGAAGCUGCUCUUAAGGAAAAGCAGGGUGAAAUUAAGAUCCUUCAGGAAAAACACAUUGAAACACAGUCAAAUGAUUCCCAAGUUACAUUACUUUCUGAAACCUUGAGACUGAAAGAGGCUGAAAUUGAGGAUUUAAAACACCGACUGGAAUUAUCACCUGUAAAGGUCUGGUCAGUAAAUGCAGAGGACCCAUCAAAUCCUGCAACAAAUUUCACCACCGAGGCAGCUGUACAUGAUGGUAGAAGAGGAAGUGAAGAGUUGCAUGAAUCCAUCAAAAGUGAAGAUCAGAAAAAUUCAGCAGAAGAUAUAGACAGCAGUGUCAAUGAAUCUGCCCAUAAGAGAAAUGAGGAAUUCACCGGGAAUGUUGAUGACACAGGAAAAGAUGGAGAGAGAUUUGAAAACGCGAACGGCAAAACUGGAGAAGAGCAGUCUCAGCAGCUGAACACUUCUCAACAAGAUGUUCCAGGAAACAGCACCAUUUCUCACAUUAAUGAAGGACAAAAAGAGAAUGCUAACAGUUAUAAGAAUGAGAAAGAAUCUUAUCUAGACAAGAAAAGGUACACUAAUGACAAUGCAUCUAAGGAAACUGAGGAUGAUAAAAAUCAAGUGCAAAACCAAAGCAAAGAAUUUGGAGUGAAUGAUAAAGGUGUGAUGAAGUUAGAAAUGCAAGAGAAUUCAAUGAGCAGAGGAACAUCAAGAGUGAACAAGGACCACAUAAGGAAAAAAAGAGCGAAGAGACGGCAAACAAUUGCUAAGCGCCAGGCAGAUGAAAGUGGCAUGCAUCCUGAAAGUCGUGGAAUUGCAAGCAUGAGAAACAGAAAAUUCUUGAAAGUAAAAAUGGGAACUGAAAGGAUCGAGAGGGCUGGAGGCAGUACACUGGAAAUAAUGGGCCGUCAGAAAGACAAGGACAUGGGCAUGGACGUGAGGAACAAACCAGAUGAGAAAGUUCAUGGGAUAGAAAUGACCAAUAAAGUUCAACAAGGUAAACAUUCGGAGGCACAAAUCACUAACCAGAAAAGGCCAGAACAAGGAGUAAAAUCAGAUAGAGGGAAACACAGAAUGCAAGAUGUUAGCACAAAUCAUGAUGACAGUCCACCAGGUAGGACAUGGCCAAACCCUAACAAUUUUGCAGAUGCAGAGGAAAGGACUCGAGUCAUGAAUCCUGAUGCAACUCAGAAGACUGAGGAAGGGUAUAAAAGAAAAGUCAGUAACACAGAAACUGAGCUGCUUCAGAGUUCUCGAGAAGACAGUAGCAUCUCACAAGAGGCCAGAAAUCAAAAACCAGAUGAAAUAGUACAAUCAGAGGAAAUAGACAGUAGCAUCUCACAAGAGGCUAGAAAUCAAAAACCAGAUGAAAUAGUACAAUCAGAGGAAAUAACCAGCACCAUCAGAGAAGAUACAGAGCUAGGGCAAACUCACAAUCUUCCAAAUUCUUCUGAAUAUGCGACUGCUGCUGAAAGGGGUGCCAAAGAAGAUGACAACCAAGAGGUUGACUAUUAUCAAGAAACAGAAGAAGAAGUAGAUCAUUCUGGAGGAUUACAAGAUGCCAGAAAUAAAAAACCAGAUAACACUGCACAACCGGAAGGAAUAAACGACACUAUCAGAGAAGAUAGAGAACAAAAGCAUGCAAACAAUCUACAUGCAAAAACUGCUAACUUUAAAGUUGACAGUGGUCAGGACAUAGAAGAAGAGACAGACAGUACUACAGGCUCUGCUGCCAGCUUGGGAGAGGAUGGAGACAACAACGACAAGCCUGAAUUUUAGUCUAACAGCAGUGCUAGAAAAUGCUAAUGAUGUGCUUCAUUUAGAAGUCGAUCACAGAAAGUGUCAUGUUUAAGGUUAGCUUAGGGAAACACUUCCACUCUGCCCUCUUGGAGCUGUAAAGUUUAAGCAUUUGUAGCUUCUAUUCACUAAUAACUUUAUGUCUCUUCAAACAACCCCAUGUCCGCAACCCACACACCCACCCUCCCAACAUAAACACACACAAAAAAAGAACUCAUUCCCUCCUAAUUAGAUAUUGGAAAAGGAACACCAGAAAAGCAUAAACAUGGAUAAAAUAGGGCAAAAGAAAGGAAACAAGCCUCCUUGUGUUCACUGGGUAAUGACACAAAAUCAAGGCAUUUAACUUUUAGAGCCAUGGUUUUAGAUGAUGAAGGAUAGAUUUAGAGCAUUUCCCGAGUAAAUUAAGCUUUCUCAUACUGUAGACUACUAAGUAAUAAGAAUAAAGAUCUAAACAAGAACCCUUAUGAGUGUCUCAUCACCGUCAUUGAAUACAUCACUUGAUAGGAAGUUGUGGAGGUCGAGCAUUAAGGUUUUAGGUUAGGAGGUAGUUGAGUCUUGUCAUACUAAUACCUUUGUGAGACUAGUCUGGUAGGGUUUUUGUCUAAGAUAGCUAGUGUCAAUGCUGUAUUUUCAGUGCAGGACAUAUUUGCUACCUAUCGGUUUUGCUUUGCAUCUUUCUUCCGGAUUUUAUGUUGUUCCUAUUUUUCUUAUGAUUUUCUUAUGAUUUAUGUGAUGAUACUAACAUUGUCUACCUUUGUCUUUUUGUUCUCUUGAGCCGAGGGUCUUUCGGAAACAGCCUCUCUAUCCCUACGGGGUAGGGGUAAGGUCUGCGUACUACCC